CAACAGUACCAACCGUGUAGCAUUGUUGUACCAACGUUUUAAACAAAACUUUUGCAGUGACAGAAGUGGCGGUUAACCUGAUGAACAAUUAUAUUUUUAUGCAAUUGUUGGAGACCAUUUUCACGCUGAUUUAAUUGUUGAUUGAUUUUAUUUUGUGUUUUUUCUGUUUAUUUUAUGGUUUUCCUCUGAAACUACGUCGUUUCAUUGUUAUCGGUGGGUUAAUAAAAAUGGAAUCGGUACAAGUGGCAGUGCGUGUACGUCCAUUGGUGGCGUCUGAAUUGACUAGAGGUUGUAAGGAUAUUGUGGCAAAAACUCCGAAUGAACCCCAAGUCGUCGUGCAAAGUAGCACAAAAACGUCCGACACAUACACAUUCAAUUAUGUUUUCGGCCAGCACGAAACACAGGAAAUGAUUUAUUCAAACUCAGUGAGACCGCUUGUGCUGAAAUUGCUGAAAGGUUACAAUGUUACCAUUCUUGCUUAUGGUCAAACUGGUUCGGGUAAAACACACACAAUGGGAACGACAUUUGAUGGAAAUUCCGAUCCAGAGCAUUUAGGAGUAAUUCCCCGCGCAGUCAGUGACAUUUUCGAAAACAUCGAAUGCAUGCCGGAACACGAUUUUGACGUGCAUUGCUCGUUUAUGGAACUGUAUCAGGAGCAAUUGUAUGAUUUGCUGUCGACCAAGGAGCGUGAGCAAAAUAUUGUUGACAUUCGCGAAGACAAUAACAAAGAAAUUGUCAUUCCGAAUUUGACUGAGGUUCCUGUCAAAACUAUUGAAGAGACAACAAAUUGUUUGAUAAGGGGAUCGGCAGGGAGAGCGGUCGGUUCUACUGCUAUGAACGCGACCUCGAGCCGAAGUCAUGCCGUCUUCACAAUAACAAUUGAAAUGUUGAACAAGAACGAUCCAAAUUCAUCGACCAAAUCCAAAUUUCAUUUGGUUGACUUGGCCGGCUCCGAACGUUCCAAAAAGACCAAGGCUACUGGUGACCGAUUUAAGGAGGGUGUGAAAAUAAACCAGGGACUUUUUGCCCUUGGUAAUGUGAUAUCUGCACUGGGCGGAGCUGAAAAAAUUGCCCACAUCCGUUACAGAGACUCUAAGCUUACGCGAUUGCUUCAAGAUUCGUUAGGCGGGAAUUCGAUGACAUUAAUGAUUGCUUGUGUCAGUCCAGCCGAUUACAACAUCGAAGAGACCAUAAACACUCUACGGUAUGCGGAUCGGGCCAAACAAAUCAAGAAUAAGCCGAUCGUGAACCAGGAUCCGAAAGCGGCCGAAAUCAAUCGAAUGAAUGAAAUCAUACAAAAGUUGCGUCUGGAAUUAUUGGCCAAAGGUGAAGGAACUGGACAGAAUACUGGAAACUCAGCCGAACUGUAUCGACUUCGGGAUGAAUUGGCGAAAGAGCAACAGAACAGUAAAGUGUUGACGGCUCGUUUAGAGGAAAUGCUGCACGAAGUGGUUAAUAUGCAAUAUCGACUGAACGAGUCGGAGGAGAUGGCCGAAAAGCUGAUUUCCAAGUCAAAGUUGAUCAAAGAGAAAUGCUUCGAACUGAACGACAAUAUCACCAAGGACGAUUGUCCCGUCGAAUUGAUAAUCCAAUCGUCACAGAUCAAGGAGUUGAAGAAUUUGAUUGUUGAAAUGGAUGCGCUCACCAAUAGCAAUAGUAAGACUAUAGUUGAGGCUAGCACUCCAGCGUCCACAUAUGAACGAAAUUUACUGAACAGUUCAAACACGGAUACAGAGAUGUCCCGGUACACGUCAAAGCAGAUCGGUGUUCAGGGCGAAUUGAAGCAAAUGAAAAGUGAACUGCAAUUGAAAGAGGAACUGCUGCAUCGUUACUUGGACAACUUGAGCUCGUUUGAGACGCUUAAGACAGACGAGGAGAAUAAAAAUUACGAAGAAAUCAUUGCGAAGCUAGAGGAGGAGAAGGAAGACCUGAAGAAUACCUUGAAGGUGAAAACGAACAAUGUGUCAGCGAAACUAGCCGAGGAACGCAGGAAACGUGUACAGGUGUUGGAGCACGAAAUAUCCGAAAUGAAAAAGAAGAAUUUACAGCAAGCGCAAAUUCUGAAGCACCGCGAACAACAGAUUGGAAAAAUUGACUUAUUGCAGAAGGAAAUUCAUGAAAUCAAAUCGCAAAAGGUGCAACUAAUACGCAACAUGAAGACGGAAAGCGAACGAUUCCGACAGUGGAAAUUGCAACGCGAAAAGGAAUUGACCCAGUUGAAAGCGAAGGAUAGAAAGUUGGAAACUGAAAUGGCACGUAAAGACUUACUGCACGACAAACAAAAAAAUAUUCUGAAGCGCAGAGUGGACGAAUCACUGAUGACCAUCAAACGUUUGAAGGAUACACUUGAGAAGGGUAAAAACGCCAAGCGUCCCAACAAAAUCAAUGGAAAGGUGGACCACAUUAAGGGCUGGAUGGACGAAGAAUUGGAAGUGAUAUUGUCAGUGAUCGACGCGAAACAGUCACUGGAACAAUUGAUUGAAGAUCGUAGCGUGAUGAAUCUACAAUUGAACCAGUACAAAAAACAAUUCGAAAUCACCGACGCUGACCGAUCUGAAAUGGCUCAGCUACAAGAAGACAUCGAAAUGCGAAAUGCACAAAUAUCCGAUCUGCGCGACAAAAUUGCAACGUCCAAUGUGGAAAAGAACGUGCAGACCAUUUGCGAAGGGCUGCACAGCAUGCCCGAAACGAAAGCGGCCAUCAAGUACUUGUUCAACCGUAUCUGCGAUUCGCGCACAGAGUACAUCAGCAAUUUGACCAAGUUGCAGGAUCUGCGUUCAUCGAACGAACUUGCUGAAAUGAAACGGACCAAUAUGGAUGAACUGCAGAAGCAGGAAAUUCAAAAUUUGAUCGAACAGAAGCAUGAGACCGAAAAGGAUUACGAAGAGAAAAUUUCCAUUCUGUUGCGUCAGUUGAACUCGACCGGCGACAGAAAUUCCGAGGAGGUGGAGCAAAUUCACGAGGAUACGUUGGAGAAUCUGCGAAUGAAGAAUGAGAUGCUUGAAAGUCAAAUCAAGGAACUGAUGACAGAACUGUCCAAACGAACCAGAUCGGCAAGAAAUAAAGUAGUUUCGCAUGUGAUGGAUGAAAGCGUUUUGAUGGAUUCGAUAAUCACUGAACUGGAUGACGAAGAACAUGACACGGCUAAAGAUCCGGAUUGGCGUCAAACUCCAGCAUAUAAACUGAACCGCCAGUCUAGAUUGCAGGACAGUAAACGACCAAACUCAUUAACGGUUUCCAUCAAUUCUACGGAAGCGGACGGACAAACAUUUUGCAAAUGUAAGACAGACUGCAAAACCUUACGGUGUAAGUGUCGCAAAACUGCGAUGGCCUGUUCCGAAAAUUGCGGUUGUCCAGCUGACUGUGUCAACACAACUUCCGGUUCCAACAAUUCCAGUCUGAAACGCGAAUCGCCGUCGCAGAGUAUUAACGACAAUGAUGAGGAGCCUCAUACUCCAAAAAAGACUAAAUUAGAUGACUACAUGGAUGAUAUAACUAUUACUCCAUAUCCUUAUAAUGCAACCAACAAAAGGAAGCCACUACUGAUCUGAUUUUUAUGCAUAAUUUGUUGUAGCUCGUAGUGUUUCAAUUAAACAAAGUAAAAUAACCGACGAUUUAUAUGGAAUAAAACUCAUUUUUCUUAACAUU